AUGGCUCCUAUUAAGACUGAAAUCGACGACUUCAAAUUUAUCAUGACUUGCAUCAAACACUCGCCUGAGAAACUCAAGCCGAACUUUGAAGAGGUCGCCAAAGAGAUUGGUGCAAAGAGUGGGAAUGCGUGCUACCACAAACAUUGGGGCAUCAUGAAGAAAUGGGGCCUCACCGGUAGCAGGAAGGGACCGACGACGGACUCAGAAAGAGGUACACCAAGCAAGAGACGUCAGCCGAUCUCAGCAGACGCAGACGAGGUGGUCAACAACUCUAGCACAGGUGAAGAGCCUCCUCCAAAGAAGAGAAAGAGAGUUGGCGCUGGAAAGAAGAGAACGGGGAAGCAGGAGGUGUCCAGUGUGGAAGACGAUGACAGCAAGUUUGUCAAGAUCGAAGAUGGCAUGGAGAACGAGUCCCUGGAGACCGGCGAGAAGUAA